AUUUCUAAAAACAGUUGAUAAAUUAUUUUUAUCAAUAUUCCGGUGAAACGCCAAUGGUUAAUCCUUCUUAUCAAAUUAUUUCGCCUAAAAUAUCUAAAAAUAUUUUAGUAAAUAUCGGUAAUACACCUUUAGUAAGAAUUAAUAAAAUAGGCAAAGAAUGCAAUCUAGAUUCAGAAAUAUUUGCAAAAUGUGAAUUUUUUAAUGCUGGUGGUAGUGUCAAAGAUAGAAUUGGCCGCAGAAUGAUAGAAGAUGCAGAAGAAAAUGGAACAUUGAUUCCAGGUGUCUCAAUUAUUAUUGAGCCAACAUCAGGAAAUACUGGUAUUGGAUUGGCAUUGGGGGCUGCUGUGAAAGGAUACCGUUGUAUAAUUGUCAUGCCUGAAAAAAUGAGCAAUGAAAAAGUUGCAGUUUUAAAAGCGUUAGGUGCAGAAAUUGUUAGAACACCAACUGCUGCAAGUUGGGAUUCACCAGAAAGUCAUAUUGGUGUUGCAAAAAGAUUAUGCAAAGAAAUUCCAAAUGCCAUAAUAUUAGACCAAUAUAAUAAUCCAUCAAACCCUUUGGCUCAUUAUGAGGGCACUGCUCAAGAAAUUAUUGAACAAUGUGAAGGUAAAUUAGAUAUGAUAGUAAUAGGGGCAGGAACGGGUGGAACUAUAGCUGGUGUAGCUAAAAAAAUAAAAGAAGUUUUACCAAAUUGCAAAGUGAUUGGGGUUGAUCCUAAAGGUUCUAUCCUAGCAUUGCCAGAAUCGCUCAAUAAAUGUGAUUCCUCAUAUUAUGAAGUUGAAGGGAUUGGUUACGAUUUUAUUCCUAAUGUAUUAGAUAGAUCGCUGGUGGAUAAAUGGUAUAAGUCCGAAGACAAGCCAUCAUUUAUCAUGGCGCGAAAAUUGAUAAGAGAGGAAGGACUCUUAUGUGGCGGAAGUUGCGGAUCAGCUAUGUACUGUGCAAUACAAGCAGCCAAAGAUUUUAGUUUCGAUAAACCGCACCACCGAAUAGUUGUUAUUUUACCUGACUCUUUAAGGAACUAUAUCACUAAAUUUCUGGAUGAUAAUUGGAUGAUUGAACGAGGUUUUAUGCAAGACCCAAAUCUUUCCCAGCAAAAAUCUAAAAUUUGGUGGCACAAUUUGCCAGUCUCAUCUCUUGUCAUAUCCAAUCCAACCUCCAUAGAUGCUAAUUCCACUUGCAAGGAGGCUAUAGAUCUGAUGAAAAUAAAAGGUUUUGAUCAGUUGCCUAUAUUUGGAUCCGGUUCUAAUUCCAAUGAAAUCAUAGGAAUAAUAACUAUUGGGUCUAUAAUGUCCGCCAUUUUGGCUAACAAAAUUACUCUCGAGAGCCCUGUUUCUAAAAUAGCUUACACACAAUUUAAAAAGAUUCACAUGGACACCAAUCUUUACGAACUGUCAAAAAUUUUGGAGAAAGAUCAUUUUGCUUGCAUAUAUGCUUCGACUAAUAAUGGGUACCAGUCCCUGGCAAAUCAUACCGUUGUUAAGUUGGAAAAACUUGAUUUAAACGUUAAAGGUAUGAAUGCCCACGAUGUUAAGCAAAAUAUAACUGGACUAGUUACCAGUAUAGAUUUGCUUAAUUUUGUCGCCAGAAAGGAAUCAACUUAUAAAGCUUAAAAAAAUGUAAAUGGAAAAAAAAACAAUACAUUUAUAAUUUAUUUUUUUAUAUGAAAAAAUUAUAAAUAUAAAUGCACACUUAUAAGUUCGUUACUUGUUGAUUUAUUCGGGUCCCAGAAAUCUUAUCAUUUACAUAAUUUUUCGUCCUGGUUUAUACUGUAUAUGAUAUUUCUGUUGUUAAUAGGGGUUAAAGGCAAUAUUACUUUUUAUUUUUCAUAUAUUAUUUAUAGUAACAAUUACUUGCUCAUAAUAUUUUUUUUGAAUUACCGUAUAAAUUUUUACAGACAUUUAAUAUCUUGCCAUGCCAAAUUUAUUUUAUCAAUAUAUCCAUAAUUAUAAAAAAUUAAUAUAAUAGUUUUCAGGCAUUAACUCGCAAAUUUAUUUUAUCAAUAUAUCCAUAAUUAUAAAAAAUUAAUAUAAUAGUUUUCAGGCAUUAACUCGCUAAAUAUCCUUUUCCCCAUAAAAUAAUAUCGAUUUAAACAGCAAUUAUUAAAACUGUAUUUUAAAUUCAAAAUUAAAUUUGUAUUUAAUAUUUUACAUAUUUACUUUUUUCAAAUUACUAUUUUUUUUUAUAUAUUCAUAAUUACUUUACCUUUAAAUAUUCUAAAAAAACAAACAACUAUUCUUUAUUAUUACUAUUAUUACGGGAAUUUGGAAUAAAAAUACAUUACAAAUCUAUUAACCAUGUUUUAAAUUCAAAAUAUUAUAUUGCAUAAUAUUUCGAUAUUAUGAUUUUUUUAUAUAUUCGUAAAUGUUUUAUUAAAUGUUUUGCUAUUAUUAUGGGACUUUGGAAUAAUACAUUGCAAAUGCAUUUACAUUCUGAUGAUUUUUCAUAUAAAUUUAUAAACGAUACAUAUAAAAUUAUCAUUAUUAUCAUAGUAUCUAUAUAUUAUGAUAGGAAUGGAUUAUUUAAUAGUAAGUCUCUUUUUCUAUGUAACAACCAGGAUUAUUUCUCAAUGUAUAUCGUCGGGCUUCAUCGUACACAAAAAUUAAUAAACUAAACGGUAAACCAGGCAGCCACCAUAUAAAUCUAAUCAUUUCAAUUUUAUUUUUUUAAUUUUAUUCUUAAAGGGUUUAUAAAUGUUAUGUUUAAAUCUGCCCAAAUUCCAUAAUAACAAUUAACAUAUCAUUGAUUUAAUUAAUUAUAUUUUUUU